GAAAUUUAAAUACAAACGCAAUCACUUUUUCCCUGUUAGCAGAGGCCUCUUAAAAUCACUUUCACUUUACGUAAACAACUGGGGUGAACACACUACAACCGCUACAUCUGUAACAUCGUUUAAAAUGGGAGAAGUCAGCAAUUACAGCUUGAAUCAGUAUUUCAGUCAGAAGAUAACGAUUCAUCAAGACGCGAAGCAGAAAGCGCUUGCAGCCUGGCAGCCUCCGGUCCAAAAAAUUCUUAAAUUUGUUGAAGAAAGAAACACCUAUUACAAAUUUGAUCGACUUUUGAUGACUGGAAGCUACUACGAGAGAGUUAAAGUGAAGAAUCCCGAUGAAUUCGAUCUUAUGAUUGAGAUCGACAAAGAACAACUACUGAAGCAACAACCCGGAGCUGCGGUCUAUCCGGAAAACCCACCACUGGGUUAUUCUUUGCUGCGUGGAGUUUCGCACGGUUGGACGGUUUUUAUCGAUGCCACUGCAAUAAAAAGCACAAUCAGUGGAUUGGUCAAUCAGGCGGUCCAAAACUACCAAUACGGAUCAUUUAUCAGUCAAAAAUUGAAUGGGCCUGCUGUUACUUUAAAGAUUGAUAAUAAUGGCAAGAACUAUGCAGUUGAUUUGACGUUUGCAUUCAAAGUAAAUGAGUGGCCAAGUGCCGCAAAUGAGUGGGCAAGACGUUGUAGAAGAGGAUGGCCAAGUUGUGACCUGAUUGAGGAGAUUGUGAAAGAUGGCUGUCAUGUUGUUGCCAAAAAGCCUGAGAUCUUCCAAGGAACAAGUAAAGGCAGCUUUUGCUGGCGGUAUUCUUUCUCCACUGCAGAGAAAAAGCUUUUCCAAAAAGGUUUCUCUGGGGAUGCAGGCACAUGUAUGAAACAGGUUCUUCGCCUCCUCAAAUCCCUGAGAGAGGACUAUAUGAAUUAUAUGGGUCCUCUUACUUCAUAUCAUCUGAAAACCAUUGUUUUCUAUGAAUGUGAGCGAUUUCCAGACCCAUCUGAUUGGGAUGGUAGCAAGCUUGCUGAAAGGUUUAAAUCUGCAGUGCUCUUACUUCAGUAUUUUAUUAAAAAUAAAUACUUACCACACUACUUUAUCCAAAACCUAAACCUGUUUGGAACCCCAAAAUUCAAUGAUCAAGUUUUCCAGAGUCUUCUAAAUGGCACAGAGAUGUUUCUGGUUUGGUAAUAUGGAUGAUGAAGUGGCAUGAGUAAUCAUCCAUAGAUCACAAGAAUCUAAUGUAACAAUGAGACAAUAAUGUAACAACAUAAACAAAACCUGCCCAGAAAAAAAAAAACUUAUACACUGCUCCUUGGUUAAAUUUCCCAUGAAUCCUAACUGUUUACUGAACCAUCUAUUGAUCAUUAUCUUUAUUAUUAUCAUUGUAUCAAAUAUAUAGUAUAUAUAGUAUAUAAGCUUGUUUAUUCCAAAAGUAUUUGCAAAUUACAGUAAAGCUUUUGAACCAUUUGCUAAGUAUAGAGUGUACACUAAUAUGAAUAAACCCAAUCAUAAUUCUCA